GACAAGCAACUCUUGUUUCCUACUUCAUCUCGACCGGUGCUGAACGUGUGCCAUCACCACCAGGCAUCUAAACACAGAACGCAAUUGUUCUUAUCUUCUUCCGCUUGAUUGUUCAGCUAUUUCCUUUUGCCUUUUCAUCCCUUUGUCUGUUCGACCGACGCUAAGAAGAAAUCAACGAGCUGUCGGCAGCUGUUGACAUCCGCUUUGUCAGCAGGAAACUAGUCAAGAGCGCAGUGUAGGGCCUCUAUUCUCAACGUAAGCUGCUGGAACCACCAAGAAAAAAAAAGGAAAUCAAAACUAGCACACGACAUGUACUUUUCAUUGGUACGAGCCGCCUUCUUAGUUUUGACGGGUCUCGUCAUAUCAUCAGCCGCUAUGGGAAGAUUGACUGGCAGCAACGUCGACGGCAAUGAAAUCAACGAUAUUUUCCAGCCAUUGCCAGAGGAAAAUAAGCUGCCCGUCUGUGCUGGCAACACGAUAUGCGCCUAUCUGCAGGCCAAUGCUCGAGGAAUCAACACGCAACCAUUGUGUUCGUGUGCAGGUCCGAGCCGGUGCCCGUUGAUCUGGGACAACGAAGAUGGACAUUCAAUCACUCAAGGAUCAGACCAAUACAAGUAUUGCCGUAAAGCGCCCACACUGCGCACCUGCCAACGAGGAAUGACGGCCUACACGACGGUGAGUCUUAUGUCCAAGUCAACGGGCAGGAUGUUGUCGCUCAACGACGUCAAUCACUGCAUCUGUCCCGGCCAGAGCGCCAACUAUGACCUCGUCGACAGCCAGUUCGAAGACGUCGAUGACGACACCGAAUCCAUGUCAACUACCUACGUCUGCAAUCCGCUCAAAACUUGUGGCGGGAGCGAGGCAUGCAAGGUGAUCACGGAGACUGCUACAACGUUCCUCGUGAAUCCCAAGUGCCGCUGCGCUCACGACGGCGCCUGUCCGUCCUCUAGCGCCGGGAUUGUUAACAACAACGGCGGCCGGAAGACCGAAACGGUGCGGUACGGAAACGGAGCUCUUCACAUGAUCUACUGUCACUAGAUGGCCAUCAAAUACAGAAAGAGCAAGUAAUAAGAGAAAUUCCUGUUUUUGACUCUUUAGUUUGGCUUUGAUUUCUUUGGUUUUCUUUUGCUUUUUUUUUUAUCAACGAGGCAAGGACAAAAGAAAAGGUUUCAAAAUAAAACAAAAAAACCUGACAUACACGAUUUUUCAUCUCAUGUAUAAUAUUCAAAAGUCGAUCCUUCGAGAUCCAGAUUCGUUUCUCUAUUCCAGCAGCUCUCUCCUACAUGUCUCCUUCCUUUUCAUACUCUUUGAUGCAACACUGCAACUCAUAGGUGGCUUCCCAUCUAUUGCUAUUCUUAUUACAUAAAAAUAUUUCUUGGCAAUUGUAAUACCAUUAUCCUCAACCCACCUCCAUCCCUCCUUUUUCCGUUUAUGUAUAAAUAUAAAUGUAUCAUGGCAACCAUUAUCAUACACCUGACGUUGCGUACAUUUCAAUUCGAGUGCUGGACCCUAUACCAUCCAGCGCUCCGCUCUCCUGGGCGCCAGCAAGUCCUUUUCUUCAUCUCGAAGGUUGAUGUAUAUGUCGUGCAUAGAAGGAUCUAUCUACCACACCUGCUAAUUGCUGGCUUCGUUAACAACUGUAAACAUUGUUGGGUCGGUAGUUAAAAACUAAACUACCUUUCCUUGUCUUUGUGUUGUUGGUUUCGGUGUUUGCCCCUCUCUCCCGACCCGUUCCCGUCAGUCAGAAACAGCUUGAUCAUUCGAAAAGAGAAACAAAACAGCAUGUCGUAAGUUGUGGCCAAAGACAAAAUCUAUGAUUAUAACAGAAGCAUUUCCAAAGAAAGGAAAAAAGAAGUAUAUUCAACUUGAUACCAUUUCUGUUCUCAAAUCACAUCCCAAACCUAAAACCCUAUCGACCUCUCACUCGCUAUGUGUAAUAACAAUAUACGAUCGAUCGAGA